UCCCCGCCGCGCGGGUGGGGUGCGCGGGGCCGGGGAGGUCUCGGCCUGACGCCGGCCACGCAGCGGCCGGAGCGCGCGCCUCGGGGCGGCGGCGUCCUGGAGACCCCCGAGAGAUGGAAGCGGCGGCGCCGGCGGCGGUCGAGGCGGCUGGACGCGAGGAGCUCGAUAUGGAUGUAAUGAGGCCCUUAAUAAAUGAGCAGAAUUUUGAUGGAACAUCAGAUGAAGAACAUGAGCAAGAGCUCCUGCCUGUUCAGAAGCAUUACCAGCUUGAUGAUCAAGAGGGUAUUUCAUUUGUACAAACUCUUAUGCAUCUUCUUAAAGGAAAUAUUGGAACUGGCCUUUUAGGACUUCCACUGGCAAUAAAAAAUGCAGGCAUAGUGCUUGGACCAAUCAGCCUUGUGUUUAUAGGAAUUAUUUCUGUUCACUGUAUGCACAUCUUGGUACGUUGCAGUCACUUUCUAUGUCAGAGGUUUAAAAAGUCAACAUUAGGUUAUAGUGACACUGUUAGUUUUGCUAUGGAAGUCAGUCCCUGGAGUUGUCUGCAGAAGCAAGCAGCAUGGGGACGGAGUGUGGUUGACUUUUUUCUGGUGAUAACCCAGCUAGGAUUCUGUAGUGUUUAUAUUGUCUUCUUAGCUGAAAAUGUAAAACAAGUUCAUGAAGGGUUCUUGGAGAAUAAAGUGUUUGUUUUGAAUAGUACCAAUUCAUCAAAUCCAUGUGAGAGAAGAACUGUUGACCUAAGGAUAUACAUGCUUUGCUUUCUUCCACUUUUAAUUCUUUUGGUCUUCAUUCGUGAGCUGAAGAAUCUAUUUGUAUUUUCAUUCCUUGCCAACAUUUCCAUGGCUGUCAGUCUUGUGAUAAUUUAUCAGUACGUUGUUAGGAAUAUGCCAGAUCCCCACAACCUUCCAAUAGUGGCUGGUUGGAAAAAAUACCCUCUCUUUUUUGGUACUGCCGUAUUUGCUUUUGAAGGCAUAGGAGUGGUCCUUCCGCUUGAAAAUCAAAUGAAAGACUCCAGACGCUUCCCCCAAGCGUUGAAUAUUGGCAUGGGAAUUGUUACAACUCUGUAUAUAACCUUAGCUACCUUAGGAUAUAUGUGUUUCCAUGAUGAAAUCAAAGGCAGCAUAACUUUAAAUCUUCCCCAAGAUGUAUGGUUAUAUCAAUCAGUGAAAAUUCUGUAUUCCUUCGGCAUCUUUGUGACAUACUCGAUUCAGUUCUAUGUUCCAGCAGAGAUAAUUAUUCCUGUGAUCACAUCCAAAUUUCAUGCUAAAUGGAAGCAACUCUGUGAAUUUGCAAUAAGGUCCUUCUUGGUAACCAUUACUUGUGCCGGAGCGAUUCUGAUUCCUCGUUUAGACAUUGUGAUUUCCUUUGUUGGAGCCGUGAGCAGCAGCACGUUGGCCCUGAUCCUACCGCCCUUGGUUGAAAUCCUGACAUUUUCUAAGGAGCACUACAAUAUAUGGAUGAUCCUGAAAAAUAUUUCUAUCGCAUUCACUGGGGUUGUUGGUUUCUUGUUAGGUACAUAUGUAACUGUGGAAGAAAUUCUCUAUCCGACUCCCAGAGUUACCGCUGGCACUCCACAGAGUUCCUCUUUAAGCUUGAAUUCAACAUCAUGCUUUAUAUCUGGUUUGAAAUAGCAAAAGCAGAAUUAGGAGCCUUCUACAUUUUGUCUCGUCUGGAAUUGAUUAAAAUAGCUAGUCGAAUACACUGCUAUUUACUGAAACCGAGAACCAAACUGUUUUCUAUUUAUUUUGGCAGUAAGUUAUAAUUCUUUUCCAGUUUUGAUAAACUAUGACAGAUUCUUGGUUUUUAAGUAUUAGCAGCAAUUUGGGAAAAGUUAGUUUUGAAAAAUGAAAAAAUUAAAGAAUGAAAAUACCUCUGUUAUUCUUCAUUCAAUCAGAAAUACUUUAACCAAGAUUCUUACUUUUACCCUCGUGCUACUUUUUUGCCACCCAGUUGAGAAAACAGGGUUUCACCAGUAAGAACACGAAAGAAGCAUAUAGGUAACGAAAAUCUGACCGUGCCAGUGAAUGUCAAAGUAUACUUUGUAUAAUGUAAAAAGAUCUCAAUUAUGUUUUUAUUAGAGAGCCAAAUAAACCUUGGGAGUUGAGAAAACUCUCAUUAGCCAUAAUGUAAACAUCAGAAAAUCCCCCAACCAGCAUUAUUUUUGUACUAUUCUGUCACGGUAGCUGAUCUUCAUAAUGAAAACCAGGAGGCCCUAUGCAAGAUUCCGACUUAGCCUGACAAAUUUGAAAGAGACUUUAUCCAAUACAAGUUCCCCCCCCCGCUUUCUUUUUGCCUGAGAAAAAUCAAUGCCCACAGUGGUUUAGACCACUCAGCCCUGAGAUCAAGCGAAUCUCAUCUUUUGAUUCCCAGGAUUUUUUUAUCGUUCACAUCACAUCCUAGAAAAAGAAUAAACUAUGUUCAGUUUAACUUUGGAGUUUAUUCUAAUUACAUUUUAAAUACUUGGAAGGUCGUGAUCUUUGAUGAGUAUAUAUGACCUGAACAGGAAGUCAGGGAACUCUCAAAAGCCAUGUGAGUCUCAAGGUGGGAACGAAGCGCUGCUUUUUGAGCCUUGCUGGUGUAACUGCUGGCUGGUAGCGGGUGCCCAGCUCUCCUGUGUGUGGCUCAAGCUCUCCUGUUUCUUCUUCUCUAAGUUUGUAGGCACCACCUUCCCUUCCCUAUUGGCAAAAAAAAAAAUAAAAUAAAAUAAGAUCUGACAUAA